AUGACCAAGGCGCUCAAGUUCAGUGAAAAGAGAGUGAAGGGCCUCGAAGGUAUCAAUGAGACCCAGAAAGCUCGAAUCACAAAUCUGGAAGCCCUAGCACGGCUGCCGCCUUCUCCCAUCCAGUCACCCAAAAAACUGGUCGAUAAAGGCAAAAAGAGACAGGAUCCCCUUCAGCGGGAUAUUCGGGAUUGGGUAGCAGGAGUAAGCAGAUCUGCCGGCCCUAGUGAACCCAAACCGGCACACCAGGCAAACCCUGAGCAGCCGUCCGGUAGGGUGCAGAUGCCCCCAAUUUCUCCAGCAGAAUCCUACGAGGGAGACCAAGAGGACGAGUUGGCAGGGGCACACUACGCGUUCCCACCAGAGCAACCGGUUCUGCCACCAGAUAGGGACUGCCACUCUGCAGCUCCUGCCCUGGCAUCCUCGGACAAGGUCAACCUUCUGGAGGCAUUUGAUGGUACUAAAACCAAGGCAAAGGCAUGGCUUGUCGAUGUAAUGAACUACAUUGUCAUGAAAUCCAGCGAAUUCGAAGACAAGCAGGGUAAGAUUCGAUGGGCCUUGUCUUACAUUCGAGGAUCACAAAUAGACCAUUGGAAGGCCUCCCUAUUGGAAAGAAUGAUGGGGGGCGUCUCGGUCUAUGCCACACUCCAGGACUUCAUCGCGGAUUUCAAGAAAAUGUAUUAUCCCACGAACCCGGAGUUGGAAGGUCAACGGAUGCUGCGCACCUUGCAGCAACGGUUUAAGCCUUGGAAAGAGUUCGAAGCCGAAUGGGAACAUUGGGUCAAGGUCUCAGGGUACAAGGAUGAGCAGCUGCUGCUCCAAUUGCUUAAGACAGCCACGAGAAAGGAGCUUUGCGAUAGAGUACAGGCAUCCGAAGGUAUUAGCCGGUGUCACAGCACGUCGAUGACAAAGAUAGACAAUCAAACAAAGAGUCCCCUUGAGGGUCUCCUGGGUAAAAGCCUACAGCGAUGGGCUGUGGCAGUUUGA